UGGAGCUGCGGCGAGUCUUCCACGAGACGGAACGUACAGCGGCCGACUGCUCUGCUCUGCUGCUUUACCCGAGACAUGUCGGCAGCGAGAGCCGACUCCGCCGCUGCGGCAGCCAACUACUCCCACAGCCGCGUGCGCAAGAGGGCUCCUCCGGGCCGACCCCUCGUCUCUCGCACGCUCCUCCUUAGUAUUCUGCUGGCGGCCAGCCUGGGUGGUUCCGUCUUCAUGUGGGCCUACGACGUCUACAAGAGGACUCUUCAGGACAGCGUGGUGCUGGAAAACAACACGCAGGCGUUCAUGUGGUGGCAGAAGCCGCCGGUGCAGCCACUCAUGAAGAUCUACGUCUUAAAUUACAGCAACCCCCAGCAGCUGUAUGACGGCAAGGACUUGAGGCCGCGUGUCAACGAGGUCGGGCCCUACACAUACAGGAUGCAGCUGGAACGGGUCAACGUCCGCCUGCACCCGGACAACACGGUGAGCUACCAGGAGAAGCGCAGCUUCGAUUUCGCGCCGGAGCUCUCCGUUGGCAACCCUGACGUGGACAAGGUGGUCGUGCCCAACAUCAUCGUCAUCACGGCGGUCAACGAGCUGCGCGAGCUGUUCUUCGUGUACCAGGUGGCCACGGACGCGGCCAUCCGCAGCUUUGGCACCAAGCCCUUCGUGGAAGUGCCCGUGUCCAACCUGCUGUGGGGCUACUCGGACCCGCUGUUCGACCUCGCCAAGUUGCGCCACCCCAUGCCCAUCGACAAAUUCGGCCUCCUAGCCAUGAAGAACGGCGUGGAUCAGCGACGGCUACGCAUCGGCACGGGCGUUGGGGACCCGAACAAGCUGGGCGUCUUCACCAGCAUUGACGGGCACUCCUCACUGGGCAAGUGGAGCACGGCAGAUUGCAACAGCAUCCAGGGCACCGACGGCUCCAUCUUCCCACCCUCUGCUGUAUCAACACGCGCCACACUGCACCUCUUCCAACAUGCCCUCUGCAGACGCAUCCCGCUCGAGUUCAGGCACCAUUCGCAGGUGGCUGGUAACAUUCCAACACUCCGCUUCCAAUUUCCAAGAAAUGUGUUUGAUUCAGCAUAUCGAAAUCCAGAGAAUGCUUGCUUCUGUCAUCCAGAUGCUGAUUUUUGUACUCCAUCAGGAGUAUUUAAUACUUCAGGAUGUACUUUUGGUGCACCUAUCUUCUUAUCAUUCCCCCAUUUUUACCUAGGGGAUCCAAGCCUAAUAAAUGCCGUGGAUGGUCUAACACCUAAUGAGACACUGCACGACUCAUAUGUUGAUAUAUAUCCAAAACUGGGUGUGCCUCUUGCUGGCUGGUCACGAAUUCAAAUCAACAUCAUGGUGAGGACCACACCAUAUAUGCAGACUGUCAAAUGUUUCAAAGAUAGAACAAUUUUACCUAUUGCUUGGAUUGAAAUGGGCCUAGAUGAUUUACCCAGUGACUUCCAAAGUUUGUUUGUACAUGUGACGUAUAGUGCUCGUGUGCUUCAACUCAUUCUGCUGUAUGGGCUGCCCACUUUAAGUCUGGUCUUCUUGUACCUGUUAUGGCGACAACUGAGGUUGUGUAGGAGUAGUCAAAUACUAGUGCCGACCAGCAGUGCAUAAUUUAUUAUGUCAGUAAGUGAAACUCAUUACUUUUAAGCAAAGAGGACUGUUAAUAUAAUGGCAAAAAACUGGUUUAUGUAAAGUUCAAAUUACGAUACAGGUAUAUAUUAGCAGUCAUUCUGAAGAUGUUUGCAGAGUAUGGAUUGUGAGCUACAAACUUGUACUCUGCAUCUUGUUUCUUAUGACACUAUGUCUCAAACUAUUCGUGAACUGUUGUUUGCUUUAUUUCAGUAUUUUUCAUAACAUUGCAUUUUUUGAAAAUAUUUUUGUCAUUCUGUAAGUAACUUAUAGGCAGUUAUUUUGUAGUCAUAACAUACAUGUCAUUUAGAUUCGAGUUCAGAUAAUUGCUCAAUACAUUUUUGUGUUGUAAUAUAUAUUUUUGAAAUGUACAAACCAUACUUUAUUUUUGUAUUAUACAAAUCAUUUUUUGUGUCUUGUUAUUGCUAAAUGUAUCUUUGUUGUGUUAUUGCUGUGAUUUGUACAAAGACUGUUGUUUGUGUAUGUCUCAUGUUUCUUGUUACAUUUCACUCCCCAUUUAAGAUGCCAAAAGCUGAUGGCAAACUUAUAAUGACCAUACUGUGUUUAAACCAAGCUUGAAACAUAUAGGUGCCUUUUUACAGUCUGUUCUUGUAUAAUAGAUAUAAGUUUUACAAAUUUUAAGCACUUAAUACAUCAGAAAAUAAGGUUUUUACAUAAAAACUGAGAUGUUUACAUGUCAGCUAAUUCUUUUAGAGAGAAUUAGAAAUAUUCCCUAACACAAAUAUUUAUCUUUGUGAUAAAUCUACUGCAUUACUUUGGCUGGGCAUCUUGUUGGUGACUGAAGAAUAAAAUGGCCCAAACACAUUAA